CAAUUUUUUGCAUUUAAAUCUCGCUGCCUCUCGCUUACAACUCUAGAAAAAAUUUGGCCGCCGGCUAAAGAAAAACGACGAACGUCAAGCAUGCGCACUAGGAUGACCAAAGCCAAAACAAACCAAACCGUAGCAAGAGAAGAAAGAGCAGUGACUUCUUUGUUGAAGAGUGAAAUAGAAACGAGUUCUUGGAAGUGUUUGAAGUCGCACAACAAAGUUGGCUUGGACAUCCUCCACCAUCAUCAUCAUCAUUAUCCUUUUUGACCUAACGCCAGUUUACCAUGCUAACACGGAUUGGACGGCAAACUGACAUUGCUGUAUAAAAAAAGUUAUUGUUGGAAAGAGAUGAAGCUGUAUGGUGAGUGGUAAAAGUUUAAAAAAUAUGCGCCGCAGAAAUGCGUCAACUGGCAAGCAGCUUUGCUCUAUGGAGGGAAAUGCUGACAUGCGAGUAAAGUUGGAGUACCAAGGAGAAAGACGGAUAAUACCAAUUGCAAGACCAGUUAUGAUCGAUCAGUUGCAGGGCAAAAUCAAAAACACUUUUGGUGAAGAUUUGGGUAUCAACUUUGAAAAUGGCGAGGUGUAUAUCCCCAUUAUGAAACAAUCAGAUCUUGAUAAAGCCAUUGCCUUGCUUGACCAAAGUCCUCACUUAACCAGUUUACGUUUGACACUCACCACCAAGACGAUCACAUCGGACUACACGAAGCGUUAUACUGAACUACGCACUUAUAACGAUUUUCAAAAUGGCUUUUUACCUGAUUACCAAUGCGAUCUCACGGUAGCUCCGGAUGAACGUGCUCCAAGAAAAUUAGACGAAAAUGAUGACUUGUUAAAUUUUAAAAUUCUCAGACCGUUGCCAGUAAGGUCCCGCUCAAAUCCAGAGGAAAUGCCAAGCUCCCCAGAUGAAGAACUAAUGCCGCCUAUUCGUUCUCAUUCAAUGUUUAUACCGCCACGAGAUGACGCCCUUUAUGGUCAUUCCCCUCCUCCUGGACAUCAUCCAGACAUCAAUUUAAUGCAUAACCAUCACGACAUACAUAAUGGUGGUGGUAUUUUUAUCCCAGAGGAUAACAACGACGUACCGGAAACGAGACAAAGUUUUCAUGAGUUUACCAGACCUGAAGCAGUGACCUAUGGUUUCGAUCCUUUGUCUCCGAGAGAGAACGAAAGACAAUAUGGCGAUCCUUUAACUCAAAUAAGACAUCAUCAACGAUUAAAAGAAAGUUUUGAUAGCCUACUUGGUUCAUCUUCACCUCAAUCUACCAGUCAGAUGUCUAUAGCGAGCGAGGAUCCGAAUUACUUCCGACAUCGCCACAACAUGAACGGCGAAAGAAGGCGUCCUUUAAGCGACUUGAUACCCGACACUGUUACACUGUUUGAAUAUGAUUCCGACGGAAGCAACAGUAUGAAAUCCGAACCUUAUCCGAAACCGAAAGUGCGUCACAAAUCAGAUUGGAAUUUAAACCGAGAUUCUGUUGAUAGCGGUGGAUCGUAUCGGUGGAUGGACCAUUACACGAAUUCCUUUAUCCCGAUCAAAAGGACUACUUCGUCCUCAAGUACUGGACAGAGUAGCAACAGUAGUGGAUUGGUACCCGAUUACGACGGUAGCCGAGUCGACCGUGAUCUUACAGAUCGUAUACAUAAACUAGCUGUAAACACAGACAUCAACUUUAGAUGGAAACAAUUGAGACUACUCGGUGCCGGUGCUUUCGGAACUGUUUAUCUUUGCGUAGAUUUGGAUACUGGCAAAGAGAUGGCGAUGAAAUGCGUUGAAACGGGCGCCAUCAACACAGCAACCCUGAAGGAAGUCGAAGUUCUACAGCGUGAAAUACAAUUGUACAAAACAUUAAAACACGAACGUAUCGUUUCCUAUUUUGGAACGUGGCAGGAUAAUCGAUCUAUUUCGAUAUUUAUGGAAUAUAUGGUUGGGGGUUCUAUCCACGAUAAGAUCUCGAAAAUCGGAGCAUUCUCUGAAGCAGAGGUUAGCAAAUAUUCCCGCCAGAUACUUGAGGGACUCGCUUACCUACACAGCAAAAAUAUAAUCCAUCGAGACAUCAAAGGAGCAAAUAUUCUGUUAGACAAAUCCGACAACUGUAAACUAGCUGAUUUUGGUGCAUCGAGACAAAUACAAACAAUUCGAUCAAAAACUGGUUGCAAAUCUGUACACGGUACGCCAUAUUGGAUGAGUCCAGAAGUAAUUAACGGCGAAGGUUACGGUCGAAAAGCCGAUAUAUGGUCGCUAGGGUGUACAGCAGUGGAAAUGCUUACAACCAAACCUCCUUGGUACCAAUUUGAACCAAUGGCUGCUCUGUUUAAGAUUGCUACGCAACCGACGCAUCCGCACACGCCGGCUGACGUAACGACGUCGUGUUCUCAGUUUGUUGAGAUUUGCUUUUGCAGGGAUCCAGUCACAAGACCUGGAGCUAGCGAGCUUUUACAUUAUCCCUUCAUCAGGAGGUAAGAAAACGUUUUCGUAAAACCAAACUUAUUAUCCUGUAUGAUAAAUCCAAGCAGACGUAGUUCAUCUUCGACUUACCCAUCCGUCGUACUUUUCCCGAUAUCGUUCACCCCAAGUAAGCCAUCAUAACGAAAACCGAAUUAAAAAAACCAAAGAAGACAUUGCUAAAAGCAUAAACUGGUUUGUUUAAAUGGGAUAUCAAGGAAACUUGUGUCGAUGUUGAUUUUUGUUUAUAAGCAUAAAUGGCGGAUUGACAUGAUUCACAAAACAUCCGACGCUUCAACGAGACUGAAUCUCAACUGUUUCUAUUCUGUAGAAUAGUCUUUAAUGUGAUAAUUCCAUAUUUUUAUAAUGAAAAUAGACGAGAGAAUAUAAUUUUGCUUCAUAUUUUUAAUUAAUUUAUAUAACGCAUCCAACUUUUUGAUCUGUAUAUUAUGCAUGUCACCAAGCUACAGCCACACUUUCUACAGAACAUAGCGCCACCUUUGUGAGUAUAAGCUUUUAUUAUACUGAACGCUUUUUUUAUCUUUGCAUUUCCAUUCGAACAAAUUUUUCUCAUUCUUCAUCCUAUUCUUAAAUUUUUUUUCACACAAAACACGUCGAUAAUUUCAUUAUUUUGGUUUGUAGUUAAAACCCUGUUUAUAAGUGUACAUACGAAAAUGUGAUUAUUUUUUCUAUGAAA